GAAAUAACACGAACUGCACUUCGACUUAGAUCGUGUCUAGGAAAAUGAUCGGCAGAUAAAGCACCAGUACAGUACAAGCUGCAUCCUCAUGCCAGUUCAGCACCUGGAGGAAAAGAUGUCACCUCAAGAUCUCAAGAACUAGCUGGGAACUUUUCAGAUCUUCCUAAAACUGACUGUAGAACUGGUUUAGACAGUCUUAUUGGUAUCUAUCAGGUAUUUUAAAACAAUGGCGUCUCACAGUCCUGCUCCCACAGAAGAGCCGUCCUCGGAGGUAACGAACGGUGACCUGAAGGCAAGCGGCUCGCAGGAGUGCAUGAAACUGAAAAAAGAAAUAUCUUUGCUCAAUGGCGUGUGCCUCAUCGUGGGAAACAUGAUCGGCUCCGGGAUCUUCGUCUCACCGAAAGGCGUACUGAUGUAUAGCGGCUCCUACGGGUUAUCUCUGGUAAUAUGGACAGUCGGUGGGAUCUUCUCGGUGUUUGGUGCGCUCUGUUAUGCCGAGCUCGGGACCACCAUCACCAAGUCGGGCGCCAGCUACGCUUACAUCCUGGAGGCCUUUGGGGGCUUUUUGGCUUUCAUCCGUCUAUGGACUUCUCUUCUGAUCAUCGAGCCCACCAGUCAGGCCGUGAUAGCCAUCACUUUCUCCAACUACAUGGUGCAGCCCAUCUUUCCAACGUGUAUAGCGCCCUAUGUAGCCAAUCGUCUGCUGGCCGCAGCCUGCAUCUGCUUGCUGACCUUCGUGAACUGUGCGUAUGUGAAGUAUGGAACGCGCGUUCAGGACAUCUUCACCUACGUAAAGGUCGUCGCUCUCAUCGCCGUCAUCAUCACUGGCCUGGUCAAGAUAUUCCAAGGUUACACGCAGAACUUUGAAGGGCUGUUCUCAGGUUCCUCUCAUGAUCCUGGUGAUGUGGCUCUGGCAUUAUAUUCUGCUCUUUUCUCCUACUCUGGAUGGGACACGCUGAACUUUGUGACUGAAGAAAUCAAAAACCCUGAGAGAAAUCUCCCACUGGCCAUUGCUAUCUCCAUGCCCAUUGUCACAGUGAUCUACAUUCUUACCAAUCUGGCAUACUAUACAAUCCUGCCCAUCCCUGCCAUCCUGGACAGUGACGCCGUGGCUGUGACAUUUGCAGACCAGGUAUUUGGAUAUUUUAACUGGACAAUACCGGUCGCUGUCGCCUUCUCCUGCUUUGGAGGAUUAAAUGCAUCAAUAGUGGCUGCAUCAAGGCUGUUCUUCGUGGGCUCCAGGGAGGGCCACCUGCCAGACUACCUGUGCAUGAUUCACGUCACCCGCUACACCCCCAUCCCUGCCCUACUCUUCAAUGGUGCCAUGGCUCUUGUUUAUCUGUGUGUGGAGGACGUCUUUAAACUGAUCAACUACUACAGCUUCAGCUACUGGUUCUUUGUGGGUCUCUCUAUCCUGGGACAGAUGUACCUGCGAUGGAAACAACCAGACAGAGUCCGACCACUAAAGCUCAGCUUGUUCUUCCCAAUUAUAUUCUGCCUCUGCACUGUAUUUCUGGUGGUGGUGCCUUUAUAUAGCGACACUAUCAACUCGUUAAUCGGCAUCGGCAUUGCCUUAUCGGGAGUUCCCGUCUACUUCCUGUGCUGCCAUCUACCUGCCACACGGCGGCCGAUGUGGCUCCGCAAGUUUAUUGCAUCUUCAGGUAUACUGAUUCAGAAGGUGUGCUACUGUGUUCUUACUGAGAUGGACACCGGGGAUGAAAAGGCAGAGUAGAAGAG